GGAGUCAAGGAGCUCAAUCUGUUAGCUUAAGAAAGAGAAGGCUAAGGAGUGACUUGAUUGCAGUCUAUAAGUACCAAAUGGGAACAAAUAGUUGAUAAUGGGCUUUUAGUUUGACAGAGAAAGGUACAGAGUAAUAAAAUCCAAGGUUUAGAUGUUGAACUAGACAAAUUUAGACUGGAAAUAAGGUAUAAUUUUUUUUCCCUAUGGGGGUAAUUAAACAAUAAACAAUUUACCAAAGCUUGUGGUGGAUUCUCCGUCACUGCGCAUUUUAAAAUCAAGGUUGGAUUUUUUUUUUUUUUUUUUUUUUUUUAGAGAGGCUGUAGUUCAAAAGGAAUCAUUUUGUGGAAGUUCUAUGGCCUGUGUUAUACACUUAUAUAGGAGGUCAGACUAAAUGAUCACAAUGGUCCCUUCCAGCCUUGGAAUCUAUGACUCUGUUCUCAGCCCAUGCCAUCACACUUUUAUUUUGUAUUUGUGGGAAUAAGAAGACAGAUGCCCAUAUGAUUGGAGACUUACUUCCAUGCAGUGCAUAGGAUUAUGCCUACUGUUUAUGCUUGCUUAUGCCCUGUAUACUGAGGUUGUGGCUUCCCUUCAAGCCAGAGGGGGAGGAACCACCCUCUCUGCCCAAGUGGGCCUAGCCAGACCUGUGUUGCCCCUCCCACCAGAAGUGGUUAACAGGAAAUAUAAAGGGCAGGGCCUCCAGCUCAGUUGGGGCUGAGACACCAGGGAGGCAGAUGGAUUCUGCUAGCUCCCAACUGCUGACAAGCCCAGCGACACCCUACCUGAUGGGGAACAUGGUGUCUUUCGCGGACCAGGACUGCCGCUGGCCACCUACCUGAGAUGGAAGAUGCCCCAUGGUUCCAGAUGGCAUCUGCUCAAGAUUCCAGAUAUGGCCAGAAAGACACGUCUGACCAGAACUUUGAUUACAUGUUCAAAUUGCUCAUCAUUGGCAACAGCAGUGUCGGGAAAACCUCCUUUUUGUUCCGUUAUGCUGACGAUUCAUUUACAUCUGCAUUUGUAAGCACGGUCGGGAUCGAUUUCAAAGUCAAAACGGUUUUCAAAAAUGAAAAAAGGAUUAAGCUACAGAUUUGGGACACGGCAGGUCAGGAGAGAUAUAGGACAAUUACCACAGCCUAUUACCGGGGAGCAAUGGGCUUCAUUUUAAUGUAUGACAUCACAAAUGAAGAAUCCUUCAAUGCUGUGCAAGACUGGUCAACUCAAAUCAAAACAUACUCGUGGGAUAAUGCCCAGGUUAUUUUGGUCGGUAAUAAAUGUGACAUGGAGGACGAGCGGGUAAUCUCCACUGAGAGAGGCAAACAUUUAGCAGAGCAACUUGGUUUUGAAUUUUUUGAAACAAGUGCCAAGGACAACAUAAAUGUCAAGCAGACAUUCGAGCGGCUUGUAGAUAUCAUCUGCGACAAAAUGUCAGAAAGUCUGGAGACGGAUCCUGCCAUAGCUGCUGGAAAACAGAACACAAGACUAAAGGACACCCCUCCUCCACAGCAACCCAACUGCGGCUGUUAAUACAGUUAUCAACAGAGGCAGCUCCAGUGUGUUCUAUUGCCAACAGAGUAUUUACAGAUGGUCUAUAAGCCUUUAUUUAUACUGUCUUUUUAAUUUAUUUGGGGACAAUGUGUUUAUUUUAUGUCAAUGGCUGGUACAAUGUGUGCAAACAAUUUGUAAGGACUGCCCAUUUCUAAGCAUCUUUGCAUGUGGCUAAUUGUCUGUCUUUUCUUUUUAUCCUACGUGCAUUACACUUGCUUCAGCUGGUUCUGUGACCUCAGAACACAGGUUGUCUACAACUGACUUUAACUUAAUCAGUUUCAAAUUAUACCAUUUACUCCUUGAUGUAAUGAGCAUGGUAUUUAGGAAUAAGCUUUCUGAUGCCAUUUAAAUUUUCAUUGACUGAAAAAUCUAUUUUAAAGUAUAAUCUGAAUAUACUAUCUAUUCCCUGUCUUAUCCAGAUAAUUUGUCUGAGGCACACUUCCCUGAAGGUAAUGCUCUGGCAAAUCCAUGUCCAUCACCAAAAUUCAGUUACCUCUACCCCGCACAACAUGGCCACUUCGAAAUUCAGAGUGACAGCAGCUGCCUAACCCAAAACACAGGUUCCUACCCCUCGAUAUAAGGAGAAAUUCUGUUAGCUGCUGGCAGGAUAGGGGCUGGCUGUGUUCCAUUUCCAUCCACGAGCCAAUUCACUACAAUACUGAUAUAGAAGAGAGUUGUGAAAUGUCAUUCUUCUUUAAGUUACCUGGUUUAGAUAAUAUGCUACAGUUCUUGAUACUACCCCAGCAGAGCCAAAUCUGUUAUGUACAUUUAUUCAUAACCAAAAAUAACCUACUCGUAUUGUUCUGGAGGUUGCAUUGUUUUGGCCUUUAGGAAUUUCAUGUUUCAUUCUUGAAAAUGGUGUCUAUAUAUUAAUUUUAUAGUCUGAGAGACUCUCCUCUGUAUUGAUUGCAAAGGCCCAUUUCUCUCCUCAGAAGUGCCACUCCUAUUGAAGUCAGCAGGACUUGUUUGUGAGGACAGAAAUGGAUCUGUUCAAUUUGAAAAAUAGUUUGAUCUAGAUAUAUCUUGCUGAGGGCUUUCUUGUGACAGUCAGAAAUUGGCAACAUUUUUGGAAAAUUCACAGAGAAAUAAAAAGUUCUCCAAUGAGUUCCUCCACUAGACUGUGUCAAUCACUUAGAAAAUCCACGAAAGGCUUUGAAGAUAGCAGAAUGUCUGCAGGUUUUUUUUAAAGCAUUUUUUAAAAUAGUCAUUUCUCACCAUGUUAAUAAGCUCUUGCUCUACUAAUUGGAAGCACUUUGCACUGUUGCCUUAUCUGGGUCACAGUGAUAUUCCUCAAUUAAUGACAUCAUUGAGGCAACAUUAACUUUUUAUUGUUCUUAUUAGAUCAGCUUCAGUACCAGGAUGACAUUUCUCAAGCUAGACAUAACACAAAAAAGGGAAGAAAAAUAGGAAAAUGUGUUAGAGCAGCUGCUAAUGCCAUACCUGACUGUAAGGCAAUACCUAUGCAACACAUUGCCUUUUUCGUAAGGUAAUUUAUAUAAUCUCAUCAAACACACUAAGGCCAUGUCUACACUAGGGAAAAAGGUGUAGUUAAGACACUGUAACUAUUACAUGUUAAAAUCCUAGUUUAGGCAAGAUUAACACAUUAGUUGGUUGAGGUAAACCCAAGUGUAAACUUCUGUUAAAACUAUAAAUUGACUUGACUACACUAGGAUCUUACACAUAUCAGUUAACACUCCUAGCUAGCACCUACACUGUUUUUCUUAGUGAAAAAUGAGCCAUAUCAUUUGGCUCCAUGGAAAAACCUGAGGAAAGGGAAAGGGGAUUGGUCCUGCUUUGAGCAGGGGGUUGGACUAGAUGACCUCCUGAGGUCCCUUCCAACCCUGAUAUUCUAUGAUUCUAUGGCUAUUCACUGCCCUACAUUUAUCCCUGUCGUGGGCAGAUUAGUAGGAAGGGGAAGAGAAAGUGUAAUCGAGCAGAGCCAGUUUGCCUAGCUCUUGGCAUCCACAUGGCAUGCCAGUCACUACUCUUCCUGGCCCUCCCUCCCAUUUCUAGGCCUCCAGCUUGAUAGUUGUACUCCUCCAGCUGUGGCUAUGCACUCCAGGAUACUCUGAGGAUAGAAGUAUUUGGCCAAAGAUUUGUAUUGGUUUUCCAAUUAACAAAAAAAUUUAAAACAUUUUAAGGAAAGCAGAUGCUUUCCCAGAAAAUGUUGGGGUUAUUGAUCCACCACCACCACCUCCCCCACACACACCCCCACCCCUCUUUUUUUAAAUUUUUUAUGGAAAACAGUCUUGAAGGAAAAUUUUCAACCAGUCCUCUCAACUGAACCAGCCCUGGGAACUUCACUACGUAAUGCCUGGUGCGAUGUCAUCAGCAGUGGUCACUCUGGCUAGCACCAUGGUCCUCAGUAGACUAUGCAUGUUUGAUGAUGAUGACCUGGUAAAAGAGUAGAGAAUAGAAGCUGUAGAGCAAAAAAUUAAUGCAUAGAUUCCAAAGCCAGAAAGAACCACUGUGAUCAUUUAGUCUGACCUUCUCUAUAAUACAGGCCGUAGAACAUCCCCAAAAUAAUUUCUAGAGCGUAGCUGUUACAAAAAACAUCCAAACUUGGAUUUAAAAACUGUCACUGAUGGAGAAUCCACCACAACCCUUGGUAAAAUGUUCCUGUGCUUAAUUACGCUCACUGUUAAAAGUGUCUGCCUUAUUUCCAGUUUGAAUUUGUCUAGCUUCAACUUCCAGCCCUUGGAUCAUGUUAUAUCUUUAAUGCUGUUAACUAACUUCCACUGUGUUUCCCUUUGUACAAUGCUCUAGGGGAGCAUGCCUCCCACUGCAGUGAGCCAGGUCCCUUGUAACUUCUGUGCAGAGUCCCAAGCAUUGCUGUCAAACAGGGCUUGCUGCCAUUCUCCAGCAUGAUAUGUGCUGUAAUGCCUCCUGGGGCAGUGUGGGCUGUAGCUCUUACAGCAUCUUCAGACAACGUGCACCUUGGACUGCCUCCCACCACCAGCCUCCUUCUGGUGUUUGUUGGUACAUGGCAGGUGGGACAGGGGACAUUGCCACAUCUCACACUAAUUCAGACAUGCGCUCUGGAAUGUGUAGUACACCACAAGUCCUAGCGCUCCCCCAAUCUUUGCUCAGGGACACGGGCUGCAGCAUGGCUGCAUCCAUGCAGCAGCAUGAGGAGGAGGAGGAGAAGGCUAUUUGCUGUCUCACCCAUUCAGUGCAUUCAGGCCUUGGUUUUCCCUCAUAGAAUUUAAGGUCAGAAGGUACCAUCAUGAUCAUCUCACUUAGGUUUUAAUUCCAGUCCUUUGAUCCUCUGUUGACAAUGUAGACACUCUGUAGUGCUGUGAUCUGAAGGACAGCUGGCAGCACUAGCCUAACUUGUUAAGAAGUGUGAGGCAGGUUGAGUGAAAGAUGAUAUUUUUUGUCAAUUUAAAUUAAAUACAUUAAAAUAAAUGGAAUGGGGGGAUUUGGGGGGGGGGGGGGAUUCUCCUCUCCUUCCUGUUGUAAAAAGAAACACUUGUCCUGCCUUGCCCCUGUUUAAUACAUUAUAAGCAAUGGGAAGGUAGCAGGAUGCAAGAGCAAACUUGUCCUUAGGAGGCCGACCGUGCUUUAUAAGGAAAACAUAUGCAUACAGGAAAACUAGUAUCAGAGAUGGAGCAAAAAAAACCCUAUCCCUGGAUGGGAACUCCCAGUUGCUUUGUAGCUAUAUACAAACUUUACAUUAUAUGCCCCUCACCAGAUAGUGGUUAGAAUUAGUAUUGGGUGAACUUUAAAGUGUUCUUAGUUUCAUUUCCGAUCACAUCCCAAAAGUCUGGAUUCUUAGCCAGACUUUAGCUGAACAAUCCAGACAGCCUGAGACCUGCAAAGAUCCUGAUCCUUUCAGCAGAUGGAUGUAGGUAGACCUUUGCUCUCACAAGUCCAAGACUGUGGCCUUGUGCGAGAAAUCUCAUGAGGUUUCAGGCCAGGAAGCAUCAUAAAAACCAUUUGUGGCAUAUUAGCUCAGAACUUGGCCUUUCAGUUCUUGGCUGGAAUCAGGACUAUUACAGAGAUACACACAAGGAAAGUGAUCUUUUCAAAACUUACCAUCCUUUUUCCAACAGGGGGAAGCAUCACAACUGUGUUUUUUAAUUUUCCUUCAAAUCAGGUUGCCCCACCCUAUUUAAUUCCUAAGGUGGGAUUUUCGAAAGCACUCGAUGUCAGCCUAAUUCUGCUUCUGUUGACUUUAUUAGUAAAAAUGCCAUUGACUGCAAUGGGAACAGAGUUAAACCAACACUGAGUGCUUUGGCAAAUCCCAUCAUAAAUGGCUUCACACACACAUAGUCAUUGGAUGUGCGAGGUGAAGAAGAUAGGAGCAGGGAUCAGUCAGAUCCACGUAUGUGACCCAUAAAUUUGUGGGGUGCUCCCGGGACUUAAGGAGAGUGUUGCAUACACGCAGAGGUCCAGCCACACAAAACCAAUUUGAGGGUCAGGACUAAUAAUAAUCACAAAAAGUAUUUUAAAAACGUUUAACAGCAGCAUUGUUAAGCUGGCUACUUGGGGACAGAUUUUGAAAAACUAGCUGCUUAGUCUCAGUCCGGUUCCUGGUGGCCACAUCAUCAAAUCCAGGACCAAUCAUCACUAAUUUGUACCUUUGUUGCUAGUCUCAGCAGAGAAUUAGGGAACUGAAUGGCCCAUGGUAACUCACAGACCUUCUCACACCCAGAGGUCAGGGUUUAGGCCCAUUUGUGAGGUCGGGCAGUGGAGAGAAAGCUUGCUCUGCCUCUGCCCGUUCUAUCUGUUCUAUGGAUACAGAGAGCGCAUCAGCCUCCAGUGUUUUCAGUCCAUCAUCAGCACUGAAUUUUAAAGAGAAUCUUGCCAUGUUCACUGUGGCACAGACUAUGUAACUACUCAGUCUGCAUGUAUAAUGGAGGGGGGUGGAAUCUGAGCUUUGCAGUCUUAUUUCUCAUUGAGGGCUCUGGAGGGGAUUUGUCUGGGUAAAAUACUAUAGUAUUAUUACUGACAUUUAUUACCUCGAGUUAAUGGCUGUUACGAGGAGGAAAAGAAACCCUUCUCCUCUAUCACAGUUUAAUGGGAGAAUAGACCUUGAAGUGGACAAAGCCCCCACUGCCUGGGGUCUGAGCCCCGUGGGGCCACCUGAACUACUGCACGACACCACCCUUCCAAAGUGCCAACCAAGAAUAACAUUAGUGCUACAGUAAUUGCAUACAUGGGUAAUACACCAUCUUUGUCAUGGAGUCACAGUGUCUGUCUCAGUGCAUGGACAAGCUGUCACUCAGCGUUCCAAAUGGAAACAAGCGGAACAAAUGUAAGAGACUGGGCCCUGCAGUAUUCAAAUGCAUGAACCGAUGGGAUUGAUCACAAUGGCUUGCAAGCCCUUUUGAGUUGAAACUGCAAUUGCAUGGUCUUAAUUCUGACAAAAGUUCAUUUUCAGAUGUGAUAAAUGUGCCUGUCCUUACAGAUCAAUUAACUUGUAACUGUGUUUGUAUUUCAUUUUGUUUAUUUAGACCGAUUUCUUUGGUGUCUGAAAUACUAUGAGCUGGCCUGUCUUUCUCUCUCUCUCUCUCUCUCUCUCCACAUAUACAUAUAUAUAUAUAUAUAUAAACCCAACUCAUUCUCUUUCUGAACUGCAAUGUGCGUGACUGUUACCUGGAACUGUUUGUUCCUUUGUGCUUAUACUUAAUGUAAUGCAUAGAGAAACUACCUGAGCAACUAGAUCUGUGUGGCCUUUCCAGAGCAUCAGUCUGAAAGAUUCGGUUUUCUUCCCAGGCUGCUCAGCUCUGUAGGUCCAGCUGUGCUGCUUGCACCUUUUGUUAUUUUAGGAAUGAAGUGCUAUUUUAUGGUGCAAACACUGCUGGAGCUUGCUCCUAACUUUCAGAAUUGCUUGAGUUUUAAUUGUCUUUUGCUAGGAAAUGCAUGGCAUUCUAAAUGUUAUGUCCAGUGCUGCCAUUGUUCCUUCAAUAGCAGAGAAGCCAAUGAUGCUUUCUACUUAAAAAAACAAUUACAGGCUUCAUUUUUCAGUAGCAUGGUUUGUUGUUAUCACUUUUCAAUGGCAACAGCUAAAUGACUGCUCUGUUGCUUGAAUGUUAUGAAAGAUUCCUCGACCCAUUUCAUGGACAGACUUGAUAUACAGCAAAUGGACCAAAUUCCUCUUGGGUGUAACUCGAGUGGAGUUCCACCAUUAAUCCUUUGGAUCCACAGGGCCCAAUCCUCAUCUUGUGUAAAUCAGCAUAGUUUCACUUAAACCAAUGGAACUAUGCUGUGUGUUCACCAGCUGAGGAGCUGAUCCAUGAGUGGGGUUUUUUUUAAUACCGAUUGGAAUUUAGAUUCUUCAAGGUUCACUACGUGUAAAGUCUCCAUUCAAAAGGCAAAGCAUCUGAAUAGUCUGAGUAUGUAAUUGGUUUCAUCAUUAAAUGGGUCAAGUAAAUUCAUUUCACCCUGUCUGUUAAGCUUUUUUUAUUUAUUUACUUUGUUUAUUUUUUCCUUAAUGUUCAUCCAAGCAAAGAUUUUUACUGCACGUGUAGAAUUUUCACACACAAACAAAUAUAUCCUGAACACUGGUUCGGUUUGCACAGGUAUUUGUUCAUUUUCAGUGCAGUGUUUUUUAUUGUUAUUAUCGCAGUGGAACUUACCCAGAAAUUCUCAUUGUCACUAGAAACUGCGUGGGUUAAAUCCACAGGCCAUAGGAUUACUGUUCAUGGUGACGGCAGAAGCAGAUGGCACAUCACUUGUACACAGACACCUGUUUUGGCGGGGGAGGGGAGAGACCAUGUCCGAAUCUUCUGACAAUUUCAUGCUCUUGCAUAACAUGUGGAAACAAAGGUUAGGGAUUGCUCACCACUUCCAGUAAUGAAUUCACUUGAGUAAUCCUGACAUGUACCUGCAAAUUAGUGUUAAAUGAAAACUGUUUGUGCUGUAAUCCCGUUUAAUAUAUUGUUGGUAAUGUCAGCCGUGUUGUGGUUCAGUUGGACUGUCAGAAUGUGUAAACUAUUUACUAGUGUUUGUGGAACUGAAGUGUCUUAAAUGUUGCAUGAAAAACGUUAUAAAAAUAGAUUUGUUUUCUAUUUUUGAACACCUCUGAACUGAGGGAACAUGGGCCAAUAAGUGCAAUAUUUAAUGACUUACUCAGUGUAUAUAAAUUCGUAUGAAAGGGAGAAGUGUCAUGUAUGUGUGAUAUGGUGUCGAUGAUGGCUGUGUGGCUUAUUUAAAAGAUGUCUAGUAGCUGUAAGAGUCUAGUAGUGAAAUUUAUACAGUAAAUACUUUAUCAGUGUAGUGUAAGAAUAAACUAUUCUUAAUUCAUUUAAACUAUUUUUCAUAUAUGAGACAACAGUAACAGACGUCCGUACCUUUACCGCAAGUGCAUGUCAAUUUUACUUUUAGAACUGUGAGUGUCCUUUCCCAAAAAAUGAUUGUGGUAUAUCACUAGUAGUGGGGAGACCUUUUCUCAAUCAAAAGAUACCUUUAG